AUGGCAGUCAGUUCCUGCUUAUCUCCUGCAACUGCAACCCGGCGUCUUCGAGUGCUGGCUCCACCCAGCGCAGUACCGGACGCGCCUCUGCAAGGACGAGGUCGGCUGCGCGAGACGCAUCUGCUUCUUCGCGCACAAGCCGAGGAGCUCCGCGCCGUCAACCCCUCCGCGGUCUCCGUCGGGAUGCAGCCCACCGUGUCGUCGCCGCACUCCUCGCCGCCCAACGGCCUCCACAUGGGGGGCGGCAUGCUCAACCCGGCCUGGCCCUCCUCCCCGGCCAGCAGACUCAAGAACGCGUUCGCCGGCCGGGAGCUGGACUUCGACCUCGAGCUGCUCGCGCUCGACCAGUACCAGCAGAAGCUCUUCGACCAGGACCGUGCCGGACUACACGGACCUGCUCGGCUCCGUCGACCGGCGAUGCUGUCCUAG